AUGUUCGGCUCCGACCUCGUCUUCGGGGUAUUGUACGGGAGCACCUUGCCGCCGCAAGGCCCCCCCAAGUCCCAGGACGAGCUCUUUGCAGCCGUGAGCGCCGGCGAUGCAGAUGCAGUUCAGAGGCUUCUGGCCAGUGGCAGCUUCACGGGCGCCAACGACAUGGUGUUCUUCGAUGAGUAUGGGGAGAAGUCCACUCUGCUGCAUGAAGCCAGCUUGCAGGGAGAUGUCGCUGUCGUGCGGUUACUACUCACUGCCUGGCCAGAGGGUGCGCAAGCCACGGACGGUUGGGACCGGGUGCCGUUGCACCUCGCUUGCCGCAACGGCAGCAUCGAGCUCGUGAAGCUUCUGUUUGACCAGUGGCCCGACGGACUCAAGCUUGGUGACGGCAGGGGCGAGACUCCUUUGCACUACGCAGCCUGGAACGGCAGCAUGGAGCUUGUUCGGUUCCUCCUGCUGCAGUGGCCCAAGGGCCUCACGGUUGCGGACCGUUGGGGCGUUACACUUCUGCACGCUGCAGCCAGUCAUGGCGACACCGAGAUCGUUCGUUUCCUUGCCCAGCAAUGGCCUGAUGGCCUCAAGCUUGCUGACGUCUGGGGCGAGACUCCUUUGCACAAAGCAGCCGAUAGUAACAACACCGAGAUCGUUCUUUUCCUUGCCCAGCAAUGUCCUGAUUGCCUCAAGCUUGCUGACGUCUACGGCUGGACUCCUUUCCACGCAGCAGCCAGUGGUGACAACAUCGAGAUAGUUCGUUUCCUUGCCCAGCAAUGUCCUGAUUGCCUCAAGCUUGCGGACGAUGGCGGCCAAACUCCUUUGCACAUAGCAGCCAGUCGUGACAACAUCGAGAUAGUUCGUUUCCUUGCCCAGCAAUUGCCCGACGGCCUCAAGCUUGCGGACGAUGGCGGCCAAACUCCUUUGCACAUAGCAGCCAGUCGUGACAACAUCGAGAUCGUUCGUUUCCUUGCCCAGCAAUGUCCUGAUUGCCUCAAGCUUGCUGACGUCUGGGGCCAAACUCCUUUGCACGAAGCAGCCAGUGGUGGCAACAUCGAGAUCGUUCGUUUCCUUGCUCAGCAAUGGCCCGACGGCCUCAAGCUUGCGGACGAUGGCGGCCAGACUCCUUUGCACGAAGCAGCCAGACAUGGCAACAUCGAGAUCGUUCGUUUCCUUGCCCAGCAAUGGCCCGACGGCCUCAAGCUUGCGGACGAUGGCGGCCAAACUCCUUUGCACAUAGCAGCCAGUCGUGACAACAUCGAGAUAGUUCGUUUCCUUGCCCAGCAAUGGCCCGACGGCCUCAAGCUUGCGGACGAUGGCGGCCAAACUCCUUUGCACAUAGCAGCCAGUCGUGACAACAUCGAGAUAGUUCGUUUCCUUGCCCAGCAAUGGCCCGACGGCCUCAAGCUUGCGGACGAUGGCGGCCAAACUCCUUUGCACGAAGCAGCCAGUGGUGGCAACAUCGAGAUCGUUCGUUUCCUUGCCCAGCAAUGUCCUGAUUGCCUCAAGCUUGCGGACGAUGGCGGCUGGACUCCUUUGCACUACGCAGCCAUAGGUGACGGCGUUCAGGUCAUCCAACUCCUCCUGGCGCAAUGGCUCGAAGCAAGUGCUGCUGACACAGACGGCUUGAAAGUGGAAUGCCGCUUCCUGGUCGACACAGUUUGCAAUCUCAACCUGAAUGAAGUCCCUCAAGCCUGGAAGGAGGCUGCGGUGGACUUGCAGUGCUCAAAGCCGGAGGAUUUGUCGAAGACGGAUGUGCAACUCUGGCUUGACGGCUGUGGCGGGCGCCCCAGUUGGGCUGACAUCUUUGGCGCACUCGUGGACCGGCUGAAGGAUCCAGAAGCCAAGGACGGGCAACAAGAGACUGGCUUCAUGACAUCAUAG